AUGUCUCAGACAAAGGUUACAGGGAGAAAGUUUCCGAUGCCGCCGGCAAAAGUCGCAUGUCUGCCUUGCCGGUCAGCGAGAACGCGCUGCGACGGCGAACAACCAUGCUAUGGCUGUAAGAUAAGGGAUCGGGUUUGCUCCUACAUGCCCAGCAAUAGGGGCGGUUCACGAAGAAAGCGCGUCCAGAAAGGACACGUAGCCGAGGAUGAACUAUCAAGGUCACCUCCAACUCAACUUCUUGCUCUUGAAAGUAUUGAACACCUUGCCAUUCCUGGGGCCGGCCUAAAGCAACCGGAAACAAUUGAAGAACAGGGACAAUCAUAUAAGAAAGACGAAACCCUUUCAAUAACCAGUCUAGCCGGCGGUCAUGGAGCUAGAGUAUAUGAAAAUGAACAGGAGAUCCUCGCCCUUUCUGCCAUACUUGCUCUUAUUCCCUUACCACAAGAGGCGCGCUGUGCCUCAGCGGCAUGUAUUUCUUUUCGAAAAUCUCUAGCCCAAAGAUUUGCACAAGCGGCACUGCAGCGGGUCGACGCUGAUUCGGAAUUACUUGAUUUCAUUUCAGGUCGUCAUGUGAGCUCAGCAGCCGUCGCUGGGCAGUUCUCAAUACCUCGAGACCCUCUUCAUCCUCAAGCACCGGUAGAGCUGGAAAGUAUCUUAGCACUACUUCUCUUGAGCAACUAUGAGCACACUGAACGUGGCAAUUUGCUGAAAAUGACAGCCCGUGCAAGUCAAGCUUUGAUAAUAGCAAAGAAUAUGUCUCUCCAUCGAUUGGGACUCGAAAAUGACAAUUUUUCUGAAGCAAAGAGAAGGGCUUGGUGGAUGACCUACUUUUGCGCGCAUCUGUGUUCCGUGGUUCGACAGAGCGCAUGGUUAAUCUUCCUCGAUGCUCUGCGAAUCGGAGUAGCAAGUGUCAAGUUUACGUCCAGCUAUAACGAACAGCUAAAUUCACACGCGGACAUGUCCGCUAUCAAUGAACAGAUGAAAUUGCUCGACAGAUGGGUUCUACAAGUCUCUAAUCGCGCAGAGAGCUAUGUACCUGUUUCAGGCUCCGUGGAACUUGAUCCUGCAUACGAGUCUGCUACUGCGCAGGUAAUGCGACGACUUUCACGAAUUAGAUUAUCUAGCACGAGAAUUCGCCUCCAUCGAUUUCAAGCCUUUUCGGAUAUCCCCCUCUUCAGCGAAAAUCACUGUGAUCUCAAGAAAGCAAAUAGCUUCAAUACGCCCGUCAACAUCUCGAUUGAGACGAAUAUUGCUCCAUACGACAUGCUCCAAUCGUCUGCUUUUACUUACGAUCAGUCGACCGAUAUUUGCGUGUCAUCCGCGUUGACAAUCGCAAGACAGUUACAAAGACUACCCUUCCCUAGCACAUCCAUCGGGAUAAACAGUCCUCGUGCAAUGCCUACAUGCACAUGUUGUGCUAUGCAAGCUAGUUACGUCUUACUCAUGCAAUUCUAUAAACUUCACGCCGCCCAUGCUCAGCCGAUAUUGGGAGACCUGUCCGAAGAUAUAGAGCGCACUGUUGACGAACUUCGGCAUGGUUUAGAAGAUAUCAUGUCCGCAAUGAACAAUUUUGCAACUGCAUUUGAAGCAAUUGCGGGAAUGCGAGACGAAAUCGGGAUUGCCUUUUGCAUUGCUUUUCCGUAUAUCUCAGCUGUUCCGAGUAAUGCAGGAUAG